AUUGGUCGUAUCGUACCCAACUUUAUUGGUGAUAUCUGGGGUCCAUUCAACGCGCUCAUCACUUGUACGUUUGCAUGUGCGAUCAUCAGCAUUUGCAUGCUCGCCGCCACCAAUACGGCUGGAAUCAUCGCCAUCGCUGUCCUCUAUGGUCUAUUCAGUGGAGCUUUCUUGCCAAACAUGUCUCAGAAAUUGGGUACGCACUCUCACUCUUUUCCUUGUGGAUUGGCGGGUACACCCAUCACUGGUGCCCUCUUGACCACCGAUCUCCACUGGAAUAGGCCCAUUGCUUUCUCAGCUGUGCGUCCCCUCUUUUACUUUACUAUCCACCAUGAGCAUUCGCUGAUUGACGAUCCAUUAGGCCUGCGUCUUCCUGGGUGGAGCUCUAUUGAUCAUUGCGAGACACCUUACUGCAAAGGAAAAGAAGACCUGGAAGGUAUAGAUGCGAUAUUCGAGGAGAGAAGCUCCACGCUGUACCCUAUUCGCCCUGCCUUCAGGGAUACUCUCCCAAGGAACAUUCUCUUUCCUUCUGUAAGGAUGAAACAUCUCUUGAUGUUCUCAAAGGAGAAUUCGGAGGAAGUAACAUUAUCAACUCAUGCGCAUACCCCACUCAUCACGAACUUAUGCAUUUUAGAGACGGGGCAACAACUCGUUCCCCGAAUAAAACAUCAUUACUUGUAUCUUCUCCCCGUGAAUUGUAAAGUACUGAAGGUACAGAUUUUGGUCAUUGCCAGAACUAGUAGCAAGCUCUCGGGUUUUUUCCAACGCCUCAAGGAAAGAGAUCCUCUGUUAGCGCUCUUUACGACUUUUGGCGACUUAUA